UACUAUGUUUAAACCAGAAAAUAUUUAAAUGAAUUAAUUUAGCUUGCUGAAGAAUUUAAUAAAUUAAAAUUAGUUACCUGAAAAAUAUGUAGUAUAAUGAAAUUAUGUUCAUAAAUUCUCGAAUGAAGCAGUUUAUAUUUUUUUAUAAUUUACCACAAGAUCAUUUUAGAAAUAAUCAAGUUAUGGAAUCUCCCUAAUAUAUAUUAAUAGAUGUUUGUCUAAAUCUCUCUCCGGCAAAGAAAAAGUGGUGUUUUUUGUGGUGCAACGAGCACAUUACGAACAAUAAUUUUUGUUAUUACUGCUUAACGAACGCAUAAUCACUUUUUUCUCUACAACCGCUUGAGUUUUUGAAAAACAUUGUCACAUUGACAUAUAUCUUUGAAAUAUACAAAGCACUUUACGAAAUUGUACAAUUUGCAAGGGAAAAAAAAAAAUGUAAAUAGCACAGAUAACGAACAACAUUUGAGACAAUGUUUAACAAGAAAUAACACAUUUUUGAAACCAUUUUGCAUUCAUAACACACAUAUACAAACAUAAUGUACACAUUUGUAGUUUCCAAAAUCGAAACGCCGAUGAGCAACAUUUAAAAUUACGCUAGUGAAAAAACGUAGUGAAACGAAAAAAAUACAAAAUACAAAUUAAAAGCAAUUUUCAACUUAACACUUCACUAAUACAUAGUAUAAACUUGCAGAUCUACCAAUAAAAAAUAAAUUAAAUUAAAUUUAACUAAAUAUUGAAAUCUAGAAAACAAAUGCAAAGCAUUACAUUUUACUUUAUAAUCUAAGUGCAAUAACAAGCUUAAGUCUUUAAAUUAAUAGUAGUCUAUUAAAAUUUAAUUAAGUGCAACACUUAAAUACUACUAUAAGGUGGUUAAGCGAUGACAUUUCAAAUUUAUGCAAGUGCCACAUGUCAGAUGAGCGAAUCAUAACAAAACAUAAAAUAAAUAAAUAACAAAAAUCUAAAGGAAAAUUCUUGCGACAUUAAAUAUUUGCUUAUUCGACAAAAAUAAUAAACAUGUUAAAUUUGAGCGGAAGAAUAUUUAUCGCAAAUACAAAAAAGUGUAGGAAUGUAUGCCAGUUUUAAAAGUAUUCUCAUAAAAUUGUUUAGCCGCGUAUAAGAUUAAUAUAAUUAACAAUAAAAUAAAAAAAACACAAAGCAACAAAAACAAACAAAGCAUAUUUUCUUAUUAGCGUUGGCAAUAAAUAUAUUUAUAGACCCUACAGAGUAUUGGAUAAAUCCAUCAUAAAUCCAUCCAUCCAUAGAAAUAGCAAAAUUUAUUCAAAAUUCCAGCGAAAUUUUUGAAUGAGAGAAAAUCCAAAAUGAAGUGAGAGCUACUACAUAUUAGCUGCAAGCUAAAACAUAUCGAAUACCGUUUACUUAAUAAACUUCAUAAUGUCAAUGUCAAUAAUCAAUGAAAAUAUGCAGAGAGACGCUGGCAACCAAGUGGACAACCUGUGCGUAAAGUAGGCUUCUUAAAAGCUCGCUAAUGGAGUUGGACGCAAAAGACAAGCUACGGCGUUUCUGUUAUCUUGGGAGGUUUGAACCCGUCUAUAUACAUCUGCGUGGCUCGAUCAAUGUUGGGUUGUAUUGGCCGCAAUUAGCAGAGCUCUGCAAAUCACUGGAUGACGUAGCAAUGCUUCUAAUUUUGCGACAAGCGCUACAGGAAACCACACUCGUGCGACGUGAUGAGCCACUUUUCGUUUAUGCAGCUUAUUUAGCUAGUGAUGUCGACAUAAAAUUGAAAACGUCAGUGCGUAAAGUCUUUCCGGCGUUAAUACUAAAUGAUGAAGACCUUUUCAUGUUUUGCAAAUACGCUAUGCUCAUACAACGUCAGUUAAAGCAUAAAGGAUUCACUAGUACAACAAGAAAAGCCAUAACAGCUUGGUACGAAGAUCAAUCAUCAGAAGAGCUACGUCAAAUGUGGUUAACGCACCGCGGUGCACAUGGCUUCACGCACAAAUCGCUUAUUAAGCUAUGUCAUAUUAACGACGAAACCAUCGGUGCUGUGGGAACAGUUACACCGUUUUUCAAAACAUGUACUGAAUUACUUAAAUCAUCUGAAUCGAGUGAUGGUUUCGCCAUUGUUGAAAAUCACACAGACUCUAAAACAAAUGAGAACGAAAAAGAGCAAACUGAGCAGACAACCGCCAUAGAUGUUGAAAAAACGAAAAGUAAUACAGAGUUAUCACCCUCAGUCGUUUUGUCUGUCAGCAAACUACGUACAACCAAGAAUAAGGCCGAGGCACUGAAAAUCAUACGCAAAUUCAAAUUACGUUACCAUCAAGUGCCCAAUCAUUUGCUACGUUUCGGUCCCAUAAUGGAGACGUUAAUACCAACCAUGUCAUAUUUGCAACUCUUGAAGAGUUGGCGCAAUUUGGCACGCUAUCAUUUUGAUAACCCAAAAAUAAUGAAAUUGUGUCAAGCGCUGUUUGAAAAUAAGAAACUAUUGCGCAAGGACAAUAUACAUCCCAUUGUAUUCCUGAUGCAGAUGCGCGACUUGGGCAUGCGUGAUGACAUAGCAAAGCUGGCACCCAAGCGAGUUGAAGCGUUGAAAAUGCCGCUUUUCAAGCAGCUCUAUCAGCAGUCAUUUGGCAACAAUCAAAGCACCGGGUUGCGUAUGCACAUCACAAUAAACAUACAAAAAAAUUACAGGAAAAAAACUUUAAAAAAUCAUAAAAAACUGGGAUUUCUCGAGGCUGCAAUCGCACUAGCUUUUGGUUACUAUAAAAAAGAAAAGGAGGUUGAUGUGUUCUACUGGAUUGACGAUAAGCUUGCUUUGGCACAAAUGCCCUGGGAGAAUGGUAUAACUGUUGAAGAUGCAAUUGAAUAUUGCGAUUUGUUGGAUAUUACAAAGACAAGUCAGCGUCUCAUAACGCCAGUUUUGCGUGCUAUGGAACGUAAGCAGGUCUACGAUGUGUUCCUGGUUAUUGUGCCAACAGCCGGACGCGGCAAUCCAAAAAAUAGUUCUGAAUUUCUGUGCAAAUUUUUAGAUAAAUAUCGUGAAAAGAAGAAUCCGAAAGCAAAGUUCGUUAUAUUGGACUUAUUGAAAUUUCGUCAGUCGAUGUGUUAUUCAGCUACACGCAACGAAAAUGUAUUAGAAAUUUGUGGUUUAGACGAGCACACUACAAAUUUGAUAAACAACUUCGCGUUGAACCGCUUCGGUUAAAAACAAAUUUCAACUAUUAUAUAUUCUCGACGACUCAGCGCAGGAAAUUGGUAACGAUCCAGUGAACAAAACAGUAAAAGUGUAGUGAAAAAAAAGAAGUGCGUGAAUUAUAUAAAACUUACAGUUUCCGCGCUCUGUGUGACCGGUAAGCGUAAGAAAUGAUUUCACUUGGUAAAUUGGGUGUUAGUGAAUGUGGUUUGAAAAUAUAAACACACACACAUAAGUUGUAUGUAGUAUUAAAAGUGCGUUAUAAUUAAUCCAGUUGCUUAGUGCAUACAUACAUACUUAUAAUACUAAUGAUAACAUUUAAAUGUUCUAAUUACAUGCAAUGCGCCAUGUAUAAAUAAUUACAUAAUUAAUAUCGUAGCUUGUAGUACGCAUACAUAUGAGCGAUACAUAAUUGUAGUGAAGAUUUCCGUAUUUUUCUUUCUGCUAAGGCUUAGUGUUAGUGUUUUUUGUUUCCAUUUGUGUUUGAGCGUUAAAUUUGCAUAUUAAUUUUUCUGUUUAUUUCAUGUUCUUAAUUAAUUAUUUUUCCACACACACACACACACAUACCUCCUCACUGAGAUAACAUUAUCAAGCGUUACGCUUUUCUUUAUUAUUAUUAUUAAUUACAAAGUAAUGAAAAUGUUUGCUUGUCUCAAUUGUUUAACUCAAUUUCUGUUAAAUUAUUAAAACUAGUUAAUAUGCAACCGUUCAAAACGUGCUUUAAAGUAAUGUUGAAAAUAAAGUCAAACAAACAAAAGAAAAUGGGGAAAUACAAUAUAAUUGAAAAUUUUGAACACAAUAAAUACUAUUGAAUGGAUACAAUCAAAUCAAAAUUGAACGAAAUCAUAGACGUAACGUACCAAUAUGGAUGCUAAACUGAAAUGCCUUAAAACUGCAAAAUCGCAAACAAUUCGAAAUGCAAACUACCAAUUAAGUUAAACCUAAUUAAACUAAAUUAUUGUAAAUUUAAUUAUACUUUGUAUGAAACGAGCAUUAUGCUAACGGUAUUUUAAGCUAAGCGUGUAUUAUUGGCACACAUGCACGCAAAACACAUAAUCACACAAACAUACAUAAAAUGUAUACAUAUAUACAUAUUUACAAAUAUAUGUUUGUAUGAAAUUCGAAUGUUAAACAGAAGCAAAAACGCGUAAAAUGCUGAUAUUGAAACUGAACUGAUGCGAAAUAGUAAAUAGUAAACUGUACUGAUAAACUCGAAAUUUGUUUAAUAUUUACAAGUGAUUAUAAAUUUGUGAGAUAAAAUAUUUAAUUAUAGAUUUAGAAAUUUCAGCGUGCGAUUGAGGAAUACAAAUUAAGCGAACAUUUAAUUUAAUUCCAGUUUUUUGUGUAAUUGUUAUUGUAAAUUGCAAAGUAUUUUGUGUUAAUAGUGUCGGUUACAAAUCAAUAUGGCAACGCUCUCUGACACGCCAAUUAUAAUUCCAGUUAGUUAUAUUACAAAAAAAAAAGAAAUUUAAAGAAUCUCAGCAAUUUGUGUUACUGUCUUGUAUACAUAAUCAUAGUGAAGUAUGCGCAAUAAUAAAAUCCAUUUAGACAUAAUUAAGUGAAUUGAAAUGAAAAAAAUACAUAUUUACAUAUAUCAGAAACAAUGCUGCCAAAUUCCAAUUUGUAUAAAAUGCAAUAUACUGACCAGACACACAGACUACACAGCCACUUACUGCAAUUCAAUUGCAUUGGAAUGUUAGUAGUUUAUGUUAGACGAAAGCGUUUUCGCAACGCAUACAACUGCAACUGAAGGAACAAUAAACUAAAUAAAUUAUUCAUUAUCUGAUAAAAUAGUGAAAUUUUUGUAUUGACAAGCAACUGAAUCUUCGACUGCCUUUAAAGAAACUGGUUAUAUAGCAACAUAAUAGAAAAUAUAUAGCAACAGUUAUUCGAUAAAUCAAAUACAUGCAUAAGUAAAUGAAAAUUUCUUGAAAAUUUAUGUGCCAUUUCAGGAAGUAAAAUUACCACACAAAAUUUGCAUAUGAAAAAUCUCACUUUAUAGUAAACACAAAACGAUUUACGAUACUGUUCGACUUAACUAAGUAGUAAACCGCCAAGUUGUAAUGUUGUAAAUUAAUUAGUAAAAAAAAAGCAACAAAGAACAAUAAACUAAAGAAAUAUUGAAUAUUUCAACUUAAAUUAUAAUUUAUUAUGGUCUACAAACAGUUGCUAGCGUACUAGUUAUGUGCAGAAUAUGGUAUUGCUAAUUAUAGUUAAAGAUUAAACUCUAUAUAUGUAUAUGUAUGUAUAUGAUUUUAGUUUUAUUAUUUUAAGUAAACAUAGAAAUUUGCAAAAUUUCCAAAAAAUAUAAGAAACACACACACUCAUCUGUGAAACAAACCGUUGUGAUCGCUAAGAAAUUUAAAGCAAAAAUUUAACGUUUAACGAACGAUAUAUAGAAAAUUUAAAAGUAUUAAAACGAAACUAAAUAGCAUAUAAACCGAAACGAAGCAGCAAAACCGAAACAAAACUAAAGUAAAUAGCAGGCAAGCAAAGACAAAGCAAACUUGUGUUACCGGAUCGUAUGAAUUUGCAAUAACAAUAAAAUAAAAAUAAGAAAUACAUGGAAAUAAAGGAAACAAACAAAAUGCAAAGAACUUUACAAAAUAUUAGGCAAAUUGCAAAAAAUUACAAAUUCAUUGUUAACGAAUCAAGCGCAACCGAAAAGUACCUUUCAAAACUCCGAUAAAUCCUCAAAAUUUAUGCAAAACACAUAAACGAAGUAAAAGAAAACAAAGACAAAACAAAUGAAAUAGCAGUUAAACAAAAUUUAGAUACAAUUUUAAAAAACGUACUUUGCUUUCGUUAAUAAAUGAAUAAUAAAAUAGUUUAUUUAUUAUUAUUUAUAAACUAAAAAAAAACAAUAAAAAACAAAAAGUGUUUAAAUUGUUGCAACAGGCAGACACAUAAAAAACUCAAAAAAAAUGACAUAAAGCAGUCAUCACACCCACAGUUAUGCGCAAAAAGCAGUGAGCAAAUGGAACAUAUUAAGAAAUAGAACCGUUGAAACGUUGAAAACUGAUGUGAUAUUUUUCAAAAACAAUUGUAAGAGUAUUAAAAAUGAAUUAAGUAAAAAUAGUGAAAACAAAACAAACGCAUAUACGCUAACUGUACACCAGCAAACGUUUAGAUUUGUAAUUCAAUUUAAUUUAAAUAAUUAAUAAAUAUUUAAUUGUAUGUAAACAUGUUUAGUCUAAAGUUAUAGUGCCGAAAGUGUUUUUGAUUUGAUUACGAAAAAAUAUAAUUUUUUUUCCUUAUACUAAAAAAUUAAGCAAUUAUAAAAGCGAAAUUUGUUUCAAAUUGAAUUUUGUAACUAUGUAAACGCUACAUAUUCACACACGAAAUUCUUUUUUAAGCACACAUACAUACUAUGUAUAUAGUAAAAGUGUGAGGAAUUAAAAAGAAUUAAAGCGCGCAAUUGCGAAGCAUAAGUAUUUUGUUUAAAAGCAAGUUUGAAAAGUGAUUAAUUCAUAAGGCUAAAACAUAAAUAAAUACAUAUGUAAGUUUAUAUUAUAAAUCUCGAUGUAAACAAUAUGAAACAAAAAAUAGCGAUAAAAUUGAUUUACAAAACACAAAAAAAAAAACAAAAAAAUAUGUUCAAAAAGGAAAAAUACAUUUGCUAAUUGUAAAGCAAGCAUACAAUUUUCUUAAAGUUAAGAGUAUUCUAUCUGCAUAGAUAUUAGCAUUUAACAAAACGAAAUUAAUGAACAUUUAAAGAAGAAAAAAAAACUUUACAAUUAAAAGUAAAACGAAAGCCAAAACUCAUACAUACUUACAUGACAUAAAUUUUCUCCGGAAAACAAAAACAGCCUGAAUAAUUUUAUAUACAAAAAUUCGCGUUGUAUUAAAUUUUUUGAUAUAAGUUUAUAUGUUUUCUUUUGUAAAUUAUAAAAACUACUUAUUGCUAAUGUGUGCACAAAAGUGAUUUAUUUGCUGGAAAUUAUUUAAAAUCUACGAAUUUAUUUAUUACAGUUUUUUAUUUUACUCUUUCAACAAAAAUUCUUUCAUUAAUUUUUUUUUACUGCUUAUACAAAAAUGUAUGUAGUUCUUAUAUUACUUUAUUUAUUUAUUUAUUUUU